AUGAGAUCAUGGAACUCACUCUUCUGCUUAAAUUCCUCCAGACCUCCCAGACAUAUUGCCUGCCCUAAGCACCAGGCUGGACACACUGGGAAACAGGCUGGCCACAUGGGCUCCCAGGCCUUCAACCCAGGACGUCAGCAUGGCUACCUAGUCUCACCAGCUUACCGAGCUGGCAUUCCUGUUCAAAGUCAGCCAGGUAGACCUGCAAGGGUACCAUGGAUGCCAGCACCACCACCACUAUUAAACGGUCCACCUGGAUUGGAAUACUUAAGUCAGAUAGAUACGAUACUGAUUAAUCAGCAAAUUGAACCUGUGGAAGUCCUACUCCGUUUUGAAAGUAAUAAUAAGUAUGAAAUCAAGAACAGCUUUGGGCAGAGGAUUUAUUUUGCAGCAGAAGAUAGUCAUUUCUGUAGCCGAAAUUGCUGUGGGCCAUCUAGACCUUUUACCUUGAGGAUUACUGAUAAUCUGGGUCAAGAAGUCAUAACUGUGGAAAGACCACUAAGAUGUAGCAGUUGUUGUUGCCCCUGCUGCCUUCAGGAGAUAGAAAUCCAAGCUCCUCCUGGUGUACCAAUAGGUUAUGUUACUCAGACCUGGUACCCAUAUCUAAAAAAGUUUACAAUUCAAAAUCAGAAAGGAGAGGAUGUACUAAAAAUGAGUGGUCCAUGUAUUAUGUGCAGCUGUUGUGGCGGAGAUGUUGAUUUUGAGAUUACAUCUCUUGAUGAACAAAUUGUGGUUGGCAGGAUUUCUAAGCACUGGACUGGGAUUUUAAGAGAGGCAUUUACAGAUGCUGACAACUUUGGGAUCUAUUUCCCUAGAAACCUUGAUGUUAAAAUGAAAGCCGUGCUGAUUGGUGCCUGUUUCCUCAUUGACUACAUGUUUUUUGAAGGAACUAGGAAUUGACUGGAAUGUCAGAGUGUCAGAGUGGAUUAAUGAUUCCGGAUCUUUGGCUAGACAAAAUAAAACUGUAACUGAUCUAUAUGGUUCCUUCCCUCUUCUACUCUGCAAGAAAGACGUCAGGAAAAAUUCGCACACUAUCUGUGGAACUCAUUUAAAUUCAAAUACUAGAUAAAUUUUUUUGGCAUUGAAUAUUCACAUAGAAAAAUCAUCAAACAUCAACAAUUAUCAAUUUAAUAAAAUACUAGGAAUU